AUGACCGUAACCUUCUCGAUGCCCUACUAUGCGCAGGGCAACUGUCAAGCCGAAGCAAGUAAUAAAGUUAUCAAGGCAAAAUUGUCCAAAGUCAUCGAUGACAACCAAAGGUCUUGGGCGGAGAUGCUAUCAGAAGUUCUUUGGGCUUUCAGGACCUCAAAGAGGACAGCAACAGGGACAACCCCCUAUGCGCUAACCUUUGGUCAUGAUGCCAUCCUGUCUAUGGAAGUGACUGUAAAGUCCCUACGGGUGGCAAGACAGUACGAGAUAACCCCCGGUCAGUAUAAGGAUUCCAUAAUGGCCAAGCUUGAUGAUUUGGACAAAGAGCGUUUGUUGGCCCUCGACCGGGUUCAGGCUCAAAAGGUCAAAGUGGCUAAAGCCUAUAACAAAAUGGUCAGGCCUAAGGCAUUUGCUGAGGCAAACCUAGUUUUGAAAGCCAUGUUACCAAUUAGGCACAAGGAUCCCAAAUUUGGGAAAUGGUCGCCUACCUGGGAAGGACCGUCUGUUGUGCAUCAGAUCUUGAAGGUUGGGGCGUAUUGCUUGAGAACAGUGGAUUGCCACGUGCAGCUAACGCUGUUGAAUGGCAAGUAUUUGGAAAAGUACCACCCAACAAUGUGGGAGGUGGCAAAAUGA